UAAUAGCUCAACAGUGACUUGAAAAUAUGGCUAACGCUCCAUCCACUAUCAUAAUUAAAUGUUCACUUUUGGUGUGAAGGAUAUAUCAAUUAAAGGGGAUAAAAUAUUUAUAUGCCUGACAUAUACUCCACGGCAUCAGAAUCUAAAAAAGAAAUUUGGAGACUUGCCCAUUCAAUACAUCAGAACAAAAAUGUUUGACAAGGAAAAAGACUUAAAAUUGUUUGAAACGGCAUUAAAAAGAUUUAACUUUAAAAUCCGUUUGGACGAGGAGGAAGAGGAGGAAUUCCAACAACAACAACAACAAAUAGAAAGUGGUCCUAGCAGAAAAAAGGUAAAAGUUUCACAACCAGAAUCAUCGUUGUUGGAGUCUAGGAUUAGCCUGGAUUCUGAAGAAGGUGAUGACGUUGUAAACACCCAAAGGACGCAUAAGAAAUCUUUAAGUGUCUUAGUUGAGGAUGAUGAUGAUGAUAUAUUUAGCCAGAAAUUUUAAGAAUUUUACCGAUAUUAUAUUAUUUAAAAUUUUAACUAUAUUAUAUUAUUUAAAAUUUUAUUUUUUUAAUAUUAUCAAUAUACUAAAUUCAAGACUGUGUAAUUACACUUGUACUUAUAGUAAUUUGUAUUUUUUAAUUUUAAUUAUCAAUAUCCUAUAUGUAAUACUGUAUCACACUGGUACUAAUAAUAAUUUUUCAUAAAUUUUUUGUUAGUGCUCGAGACAUCAUUACAACUUGAAACAUGCACUCGAGCAGACAAAACUGUGUAACAUCUACAUAUGUAUGUAAUAACAUGUGGACACCACCCAAACUAACUGAACUAAG